AUGGGGUACGAAGAAGUGUCAAAGGCAUAUCGCGUUUACGACAUUGAAGCGGACCAAGUGGUGAUAUCUCGCGAUGUCACAUUCGACGAAUCAACGCUUGGUUUCUCGCCGAGGCUACCACAAGAAAUUGUUGAUGACACUGCGCUGGAUAUCGAAUCGAUGAACAUCAACGAUGAGCCUCACCCCAUGCAGUUCAAGCAAACUGGAAAACGCAAAAGCCGUUCAAUCAGUCAAGAACAAGUUCUGCAACGGACACUUCUUGAGCGUCGUGGAACCGGGUUAGAAGAAGCAAGUGCUCCGGAUGACUCUGAAUCGCACCAAGCGAAGCGACGAUCAAGCGCUCGAGACAAUCUGGACGAAGAGCAAAAGGGCAGUGACGAAGAUAACGAGGAUGCUACACCUCAAGUCUUUUGGCGAGCGAGUGCCAAUGCAGUCGAAGGUACUGACUUGUCUGAGCCGACAACGUUUGGAGAUGCUGUUGGUGGACCAGAUCAAGUGCAUUGGCGUAAGGCAAUCUGUGCCGAGUUGGACUCGAUGAAACUUCGUGGCGUGUUUCGAGCGACCAAACUGCCGUCUGGACAGCAUACCAUUGGAACCAAGUGGGUAUUCAAGAUCAAGCGGAAAGCUGACGGAUCCAUCGAGAAAUACAAGGCGCGCCUCGUGGCAAAAGGGUUCAAGCAGAAAUAUGGCAUCGACUACACGGAAACGUUUUCGCCGGUAGUCAAGUACGUGACGCUGCGCAUGGUGGUUGCAAUCACGAAGUACUUUGGCUGGACACUGGACCAACUGGACGUGGUGACAGCUUUCCUUUACGGAGAAAUGAAGGAAAAGGUAUUCUGCGCGAUCCCAGAAGGAGUCGAAGUUGAUGAAGACUUUGACUGCUUUGAACUGGUCAAGGCGAUCUACGGACUAAAACAAGCAUCGCGCGUAUGGAACGAGACUUUUCAUGAGUUCGUCUGCUCCAUUGGAUUUCAAGUCUCCGAUUUUGACCCGUGUCUUUAUCUCAAGAUUACAAGUAACGAGUGCGUGCUUUUGCUGGUAUACGUCGAUGAUGUGUUGGUGACUGGCAGCUCAACCGAACUGAUUAUGCGUACCAAGAGUGACUUAAAGGCGCGUUUCGAAAUGACCGACAGUGGGAAGUGCUCAUUCGUGUUGGACAUCGAGCUGGUGGACAACGACGACGGUAGCGUGACGAUGUGCCAGCGACGCUACGUGGAAGAUGUUCUCAAGCGUUUUGGCAUGAGCGACUGCAAAGCCGUCACCAGCCCAACAGACAUCAGUUCUCGACUCAUACCAAGUACCGCAGCAACUAAAAUCGACGCCCCGUUUCGUGAAGCAGUAGGCGCUCUGAUGCACUUGAUGACCGCGACACGACCGGACAUUGCCUUUGCUGUGAGUUACGUUUCGCGCUUCAUGGAGAACCCCCAAGUCGAGCAUUGGAUGGCGGUCAAGCGCAUUUUGCGAUACUUACAAGGGACUAAGUCGCACGGUAUCUGCUUCAAGCCUGAUGACAAGAUAGACUUCUGUGGCUACUCGGAUGCAGACUGGGCCGGCGACCAUGCAGACCGCAAGUCGACUUCAGGAUAUGCGUUUAUCCUGAUGGGUGCUCCGGUGAGCUGGGGAAGCAAAAAGCAGUCAAGUGUGUCGCUGUCAACAAGUGAAGCUGAGUACAUUGCACUAAGUCUGGCGAUUCAAGAAGGCAAGUGGGUGCAUAGAUUGCUGUGCGAGAUUCUGGAUGCCGCAGAGGACAAGUCUGGACCCGAGCUCAAGAUCAUGGAAGACAACCAGUCGUGCAUCAAGAUGACGAAGAAUCCUGUGAACCAUGGUCGGGCCAAGCACAUCGACAUCAAGUACCACCACAUUCGUGAUGAAGUCAAGCGUGGUGAUGUCAAGUUGGAGUACUGUGAGACUACGAUCAUGUUGGCGGACAUCAUGACGAAGGGACUGCCAGGACCGCGCCACAAGGACUUGACGGAAGCGCUCGGCAUACACGCGUGUUCGCAUUGA